AUGGCAAUGACAUACGAUUUGGUAAAUAACCCCCAUGAGGCUGAUGUCCCUGUGCCAUCUUCUACUGAUACCCUUGUGCCAACUGCUGCCGAUGCCCCAGUUCCACCUUUUACCCAAGUCCCUGUGCCACCUGCUACUAAUGCCCCUGUGCCACAUACCCCAGUGCCUGAUGUGAUCAAUGACCCUAUAUUACAGACGAGUGCUGGAGCUGAUGCCCCUGUGACCUCUGAUAUUGAGUCACAGUUGACCACUGGUGAUGAUCUUGACUUGGAGAGCAGUUUUAACCUAUCAUUUACAUCAUCCCUUUUGGACCUCGUCUCCAGCAGCCCAGAUAAAUCCAAAUCCAGGUUGAAAACUGGACAAUUUGUUCGAGUGACCCUUCCAUUCGGAAAAAGGCAAAAAGAUUAUAUUGCAGAGAUCGUUGAUGUCAAGGAGGAUGAAGAGGAAGUAUUGUUAAAAUACAUGAAGGGGACCACCGUUGCAGGGCAUUACAUGUGGCCCGACAAAGAUGACUUCAGUUGGGAAAAUUACCAGUCUGUCAAGGAACUCUUACCUAUGCCACUUUUGUCUUCCAAUAGUACCAACAGAUGCCAGUUUUUCAAAUUUUAAAGAAUGAUUCAAAGAGCCAUGCAUGUUAGAUUUUAAGGUCAUAAUCAGCUAAUUCCAUAUUGGCCAAGGUCCAUCAUAUUGGCCCAAGGCCGGAUAAUAAAUCAUUAUUUAU